CCUCUUCUCAUUUGACUCCUCCCCAUCUCCGUCUCGACCUCAUUCACUCGAUUGCGAUGCCGCAAGCACCAUCUCUCGCCCCUCUUCCUCCAGACGCGCCGCCACAGACCUCCCCGAUCCGUCCCUCCUUCGCAUCUGCUCCUCGGACCCCAACAUACCCCUCUUCGUCUUCUUCGCCGCGGCCUCCUUCCAGCCCAACUCGCCGCUCUCCGACGAAGCGCAGACUGGCCUUGCGUGCUGGCCACAAUAGCUUUGUGGCGGCGGAGUCUCGCUUGGAAGGCACGAUCACGCUUGGGCAAGGCUGCGUCGUUCAUCCAAAGGCGACCAUCAUGGCCGUGCAGGGUGCAAGCAUUUACCUCGCGGACGGUGUGGUGAUUGAAGAGAUGGCGGAAGUCAUUUUCCGGCAUCCCGGGCGUGCGACCAUUGGGACCGGCACUGUCGUGAUGGUCGGCGCCAUCGUUGACCUCGUCCCUGAUGAUGAUCAGCAGGCAGUAGGCGAAUGGUGCACCCUCGCUCCACGCAGUAGGUGUCUCGGCGUGCGCGUCGGCAAUGCGUGUACUAUCGGAGCGGGAACGUCGGUCAGCCCCUCCCACUCCCUGGUCCAAGAUGAGGGGUGUGUGCCUGACCGCACGGUCAUCUACGGCGCUGCGAGCGCCGCCCGGACAUGGGGCGGGAGCGGUGAGACUCAGGAGCGUGAAGUGCGCGUCAACGCGACAGCAUUUCUGAGAGAGAUAUUGCCCAAGUUCAACAAGGCGCGCGAAGAGGCGCCCGGCAUUAUAUCAUCGCAGCCACAGCCGCAACGAUAGCUUGCGCACCGGGUCCGGAGCAGGAAUCGGCUCGCCCUCGGAUCAGACGUCGAAGAUGACCACCAGACGCAAAUACAGCCCGCUCCUCAGACGAGUACGCCCACCGAGAACGAGCAGCCCUCUCGGGCAAUCCCCAACC